UUAAAUAAAUGACUCUCAGCUCCCGGCGUUAUAAAUUAAAGAUAAAUGGCGAGUCCUAAGUGCCACUCCUUCGCAUUUGCACACAUAUUUUUACCGUCGUAGCAACUGUGCAGCAAUGUCCUCCGGCGACACUAAACUCUCUCAGGUCCUCAUCAUCCCGAGCUCCGGCAUGGGCCAUCUCAAUCCAAUCGUCCGCCUCGCCAAAGCACUUUCCGACCGCGGCGUCUCCAUCUCCCUCCUGACCGUCCGCCCCACCAUAACCGCCGCCGAAUCUAGCCUCCUCUCCUCCCUCCCAUCAUCCCUUCUAAUUGACUUCCCUCUCGCCCCAUUUGACCAUUCUCUCUUCCCCGAAUCCUCAGACCCCGUCACGCUCCGAUGGGAAGCCAUUCGCCGCUCCGCCCACCUCCUUCCUUCUCUCAUCUCUACCUUAUCACCACCAGUCUCAUCCCUCAUCAUAGACAUCACCAUCGCCUCCACCUUCCUCCCAGUGGCUGUCGCCGCAAACAUUCCUUGCUUCGUCUCUUUCUUCUCGUUUGCUUCCAUGCUCGCUCUCUGUUCUGUUUCCCCCUUCGUUCCCCAUCCCAUCAGUACUGACGUCAAGAUCGCUGGCGGCGUUCUCAAGAUUCCAUAUUCCUCCAUCCCGCCGCCCCUCCGAGACCCGAACCACCUCUUCACCACCCAAUUCAUAGAUAACGGUCGGGCACUUACUCUGGCGAACGGUGUCAUCGUUAAUACAUUUUUAGCCUUGGAGCCCGAGUUGCUCGCUGCGUUCAACGCCGGCGAGGUCGUUCCCGGAUUCCCGCCGGUGAUUGCUUUAGGCCCUUUACCUCUCGAAAAAAAACAACCAUCUUCUCCCUCGCCAGCGCUAAGGUGGCUUGAUGAACAGCCGGAGAAGUCGGUUAUUUACGUGAACUUCGGAAGCAUCUCGGUGUUGUCGAUGGAGCAAAUCAGAGAAUUGGGGGCUGGGUUGGAGAUGAGCGGGUGUCGGUUUUUCUGGGUGAUGAAAACUGCGAAGGUGGACAGAGAGGAGAAGGCGGUGGAUAUUGAUGAUUUAUUGGGAGAAGGGUAUGUGAAGAGAGUGGAACAUAGGGGAUUGGUGGUGAGGCAGUGGGUAGAGCAGGAUGUUGUUCUCGUUCACCGUGCGGUAGCCGGAUUCUUGAGCCACAGUGGGUCGAAUUCGGUGAUGGAGGCGGCCGCGGCCGGGUUGAAGUUGCUCGCAUGGCCAAGACGGGGAGAUCAACGAGUCAUUGCGGCGUCGGUGCCGAGAAGUGGGUUGGGAAUAUGGCCGGAGAACUGGGCGUGGGAGGCCGAAGAAAGAGUUGUGGCUGCGGAGGAGAUUGCGGUGAAGGUGAGGGAGUUCAUGGCGGAUGAAAAGCUGGCCGAGACGGCAGCGAAGCUUGGUGCGGCGGCCACUGCGGCGGUACAGAAAGGCGGGACCUCAGAUCAGAGCUGGCGCUAUUUGAUAACAAAACUGUGAGGCGGGGCAGAUGACCGGCCGGACUAGUUUGCUUGAAUAUUGUUAUUAAGAAUAUAUAUCCUUUAUGUUAAUCUUUUCAGUUCAGCGCUCAACUUUGCUUGAAGUGGCGCAAUCAGCUUGUUAUUCCUUCAUUCAGUACUAUUGGCCUAGUGCCCGAUCUAUGUAAUUUCAAAUCUACUCAAAAAUAAAAUUACAUUAGUAGGAUUUUAUGUUA